CUUUAUCACAGAAUAUCUGUUAGCAGCACUUGUUACACUUCAUUUUAAUGACGUUUUUGUAAAUGAAGAUCACCGCGGACAGGCUGCAGACAGCACACAUACUGAUAAGACGUUCGGGAGAAAACAAACACAUAACUUCAUAAUCAUACUUGGCGUUGUGAUUCGGAGAUGCUUGUUGGUCUAAAUAAAGUUAUAAAGGGGGGGGGCGGAGAUUAUUAUGCAAAGUGUUCCUAGUGACGUACAUAGAGAUGGGCAAAAGAUUUGAAAUCUAUAACGACUCGUUUCAGCGAUUCAGAGUCGACUCCUUACUUUAGAAGCCAAUAACUUUAUAAAUCGUGUACUUUUUGGUUUAAUUACUUUCCACAUUGUUUACACUGAUGGAUAGCUACAUCGUACACUGUAAUACGAGUAAUUUUUUAUUUCCCAUCUGUGUGGCUCUUUAAAUGUUAUAAUUUUAUAGACUGCAAGAUUUCAGACACAAGGGUUGAAAAAACAUGUUCCUCAUUUAGAGAAGAAAGUAAACUUUCUAAAACACUGAAAAAAAGAAAUCUGAACAUUUGUUAAAUAGCAGGGAAACACACAGAGAAGAUCCAUCAUAAAUUCUGACAACAGAGAAAACAAAAGUUGAAACGUUGUAAUUAAACAGACUAAACAGAGCUUUUAGUUUUGCAAAAUUAUUUACACUUACAGUUUUUUCUGAAUGCUUAAGCGAUAAUCGUGAUUCUUGUAGCACAAUUUCUAAAACUAUUAAUACGUAUAGCAAAACCACUCUCUGAGUUUGCAAAACUAAAAGCACAAACACUGCUUUGCACUCAGUUUGCAAUUUUGUAACACACACUUUGCAAAACUGUAGGCACAAUUCACUGCACAACACUCUUUUUUCAGAACUUUAAACACAACUCACUGCUUACACUCAAUUACCAAAUUUCCAACACACUCCUAGCAAAAUUAUACACAUGUAUGGCUAUCAUUAACACUAUUUUGCCAACUGUCUGGCACAUUUUCACAUGUAAAAACUGUUUAAGAUAAUUAGUUCACUUUGCAAUCAGCCUAAGCACUAUAAAUAAGCCACAGGUAAGCUGUCUGUGUGGAGUACAAUGGAAGGAGCAGUAAGAGUGAGAAGAGUGAGAAUCAGAGGAGGCCGAGGGGGCCGAGUGAGAGGACGUGGAGGUGAACAAGCGAGAGGGUUAGAGGAAGUUAGAGGACAAGGAGGAGCAAGAAGAGGACGAUGACGGGAAAGAGGAAGUGUAAGAAGAGUAAGAAAUAGAAUAACUGAUGACAUCAGAGCUACAAUAGUGGACCGUGUCAUAAACCAUGGGAUGACCCUGAGGGAAGCUGGCCAACAGGUUCAGCCUUAUUUGAGCCGCUACACUGUGGCAAGCAUCAUUAGGACAUUUCGAAAUACUAAUCGAAUUGCUAGACGUCCAGAUGUUGGGGGCAGAGGAAGAAUGUUCACUCCAGAGCAAGAGACCCAUAUAGUGAACAUGGUGAUUGCCAAUAAUGCAAUAAGACUGCGCGAAAUACAGCAGCGCAUAAUUGAUAAUGACACCAUCUUUCAAAAUAUACACAGUGUAAGGAUUUCUGCACUAAGUCGUGUACUUGCGCGCCACAGAAUAAGAAUGAAGCAAAUUCACAGAGUUCCUUUCGAGAGAAACACAGAACGUGUAAAGCAACUGCGUUAUGACUAUGUGCAGAGAGGGAUGGAACUAGAAGCAGAUGCCAUGGGACAAGAGCUACUUUUUGUAGAUGAGGCCGGUUUUAACCUCAGUAAAACCAGGAGAUGUGGCAGGAACAUUACUGGACACCGUGCCAUCAUCAAUGUCCCAGGACAACGUGGUGGUAACAUAACCAUGUUUGCAGCUAUAAGCCAAAAUGGUGUUGUUCACCAUCAUGCCAACCAUAGGCCCAUACAACACUGCACACAUUAUUGCAUUCCUGGACACCUUACAUGACAUGCUCACUGUUCAGAGACCAGAGCAUACCCGA